AUGUUCAAGCCCUCGCAGCCCAUGAUGGCGCGCUUGCGCCUGACCACGAAACAGGUCCUUGGUGGCUACUACAAGGGUAACCGGACCGGAUCGAUGGGUUACUUUGCGAAGAACGGGUCAUAUGUGAUCGACUGGAAAAAAGUCCGCACUUUCGCUGUGCCUGAGAACCUGGAUCAGUUCAAGUUGACCCCCUUCGUGACCAAGCGUAUGCCUCCCACGAAAUCCAAGUACACGAAAGAAAUCGAGAAGGACGGAAGAAUCGUCACCCUUCAGCGGGCUUUCAGCGGAAAGGACUACCUCGAUAUGUGGGCCUCGGACAACGGUCAGGAAGUUCUGGAGCAGGAGCGUCUGGACUCUGAGGCCGCAGCGGAAUCGUCAUCGACUACUCAGCCCGCUCGUCAAUAA